UGGGGACAACCACUUGAGCCGAAGAUCGCAGAGAGAGCAGAGCUUACUGCUACUUCUGACCGUCGUUAGUGCCGCUUACACACAAGGGGUGCAAUGCUCUAUUAUUUCAUUGCAGUCUUUCUGUUUUGCUUAUCCUUCUUUCCCAGUGGGCUCAGCGAGUGUCAGCUCGGUGAAGGUGGAAGUUGUGUGUGCUCUAUUAAUGCCAACACUUACAGGGAGGGUCAACAGUACUUUUCAUAUGUGGACAUCAGUGAUAUUAAUACGCAAGAAGGUGCUGAUAUUGUCUUCAUAGUUGAUGAAUCCAAAUCUAUGUCCAAGGAGCACCGAUGGCUAUUAGAAGUUGCCCCAGAGUUGAAUAAGCAACUGAAACAGGCAGGAAUAGGUAAUCGACCUGACACACCAAACCGUUUUGGGCUGACUACAUUUGGUGCAAAGAAUGCUGCUAGAAGUGCUGGCAAAAUUAUUUCAGUGGGGAAUGACAACAGUCAGAUGGGUAACCCUGAGGACCUGAAACGCGCAAUUGAAUCUCUUGUCUUGACUGGACGCAUAGAGGAUGGCUAUCAGGGCAUUAAAGCAGCGUUGACUGGAUAUCAGUUUCGACCUGACACAAACAUUGCCAAGCAGUUCAUUCUUGUCACUGAUGAAAACAGGGACAUUGUUGAUCGUGAUCUUACGAUUAGUAGUAUACUUCAGGACCUGCAGAAUGCUAAUAUUACUCUGAAUGCUGUUGUAAAGCAAUCAUUUGAGUACGAAGGACAGAAGGCAUUCGGUCUGGCAUCCUCAGAGGUGUAUCUACAGGGAAACGACGACGAUUUUAGACGUGAAGAUGGUGGUGUAGCAGUAGAAGGGGGUGGAGAUGGUUCCACCUAUGAUGAUUAUGUGAAACUGGCUUUAAUGACUAAUGGGGCUAGUUGGGAUAUAGAACUGCUUAGGAAAGGAGGACCAAUAGCACUUUCAUUUACGAAGGCUUUCAUUGCAAUCAAAUUACGGGAAAUAAUUAGACAAAUUCGCAGUUGUCGUCGCUGUAUUUGCACUAGAGAUGGUCCUGAUGUCUGUGAUACAUAUGAAGUUGAUACACAACAAGACUGUAUUAUUCCAUCAGUGCCAACACCACAGCCAACAUCACAGCCAAACCUACGGAACCUAGAGCCGACUGUAGUGAGUGAAGAAGAAUGCAGAAUCAAUGGAAAACGUUUGACCAGAAAUGAGGCAGAGAGACGGUAUGUGAUUAAGCGUAAUGGCACCAAUGGCUCCAAUGGGUAUCCCACUGCAGAUGUGGUUUUUGUCGUUGACGAAUCUGGGUCUAUGAUAGAAGAGCACCAGUGGCUCAAGGAAACAAUUGAUAAACUUGAUAAAGCUCUACAAAAAGAAGGUAUCGGGGCAGCUGUGCCUAAUCGGUAUGGAUUAGUGGGAUUUGCUACCACCCCAAACAUCAAUGGAUUCGUUCAUCCACUUGGUGCUGAACCACAAGAAUUGGGUUCUUCAGAACAAUUUGCUGAAGCAGUCUCAUUGUUAGCAACAGCAGGUCGGAUAGAAGAUGGAUACCGUGCAAUCACCACAGCUGUGAAUGCUUUUCGAUUUCGCACGGGUCGUGUGGCACGACAAAUCAUUCUUGUUACAGAUGAAGACCGAGAUGACAGCGAAAAUGGCAAUGGCACUCACAUAACAAGAGGUGAUAUGCAGACACUUCUUAAGGACAAUGGCUUCCGUAUCAAUGUGAUAGUAAAUCAAGGAAUGCAGGACUCAUCAGGGAAUAGUGUUGUUGGUAUCAAUACCAAAAACAUUGGUUACAAGGUAGAUGUUACGGCUCCUAACGGCUACAGUUCUAUACAAAAUGCAAGGUUUGUGGAGGACUCUGGACAUGGUUCCACUAUGGAUGACUAUGUGAUGCUGGCAACAAACACAUCAGGAGCAGCAUGGGACUUGAAUCAACUCCGACGAGGUGGUGUAUUUGCCACAGCAUUCACAAACUCAUUUGUAGAUGCCAAAGUCAAAGAAAUAGCUGAUCAGCUCAAGGUAUGUCAGCAUUGUACAUGUACAGGAACACCACUGGAUCUGCAAUGUAGUGAUGUCCCCAAUGUAACUGAUGCAGAUACAUGCUACCGACCACAUGUUUGUAAGGUUGGUAACGUGUAUAUAAAUGACAAUGAUGAACACUGUGGAUACUUCAUCUUUGAGGAUAUCAAUUCGAAUGGGACAAAGCAUGCUGCAGCUGAUGUCUUGAUCGUAGUUGACGAGUCAAGGUCCAUGGUGGGUGAGCAGGAGUGGUUAAAAUUUGUCAUACCUGAAUUAGAAGAAGCUUUAAAAGCAAAAUCAGUAGGAAAAAUUGUACCUAACAAAUAUGGACUGAUUGGGUUUGCCAAUGAUGACGAUGGAAGGCAAGACAAGCUAGGCACUGUCAUAAUGUUGGGUGAAAACGAGCAACAUGCCAUGGGAUCUGCUGAACAUAUCCGUAAUGCUAUUGUUAAAAAUGUGCUACGUCAGUCUGGAAGACUUGAAGAUGGCUACAGUGCUAUCAUGAGAGGACUCGAGUCUCAAACCUUUCGACGUGAUACUGCAAAGCUUAUCAUAUUGAUAACAGAUGAAGACCGUGACGUCCUUGUUAACAUCAGCAAUAAUUCGAUGUAUCAAGCUCUCGUUAACAGUAAGGCUAGUCUCAAUGUUGUUGUCAACCAGGGCUUCCACUCAGGUGGUGCAGUCGCAUUGGGUAUCGAUAACUCAAGUAUGGCCUACUUCCUGGAUGAGACAACAGGCCGACAACCUGAUCGUAAAUACAAGACAAAGGAAAAUGGAGAACCGCUACAAGACACAGCCUAUGGCACAACCGACAGUGAUUACACCAGACUAGCCUUAAUGACAGGUGGUGCUGCAUGGGAUUUGAAUAGACUUAGGAAAGGAGGACAGAUUGGAGAUGCAUUCACUAAAGCGUUUGUAGCUGUGAAGGUUGAAGAGGCAUUGUCUCAAUUGGAGACAUGUCGUGUCUGUCGUUGUGAGGGGGGAAAUCUAAGUUGUAAGUCAUUUAACUUAAGCAAAGCAGACUGUAGUGUCUAUUGCAGCAUACGUCUUGGAAACCGUAAUACACAGCUAGGUGAGAAGGUACCGGAUAACCUGUUAGAACAAGUAGUUCCUCUAGAAGAAGUCAGGCGUGCAGUGCGAGCAGAAGUGCUGCCUUCCAGUUUAGAAAUUUGUCAUGGAGACAUUCCCUUAGUGACAUGCAAAGGAUUAGCACUAAAUGAUGAUGACAAAGUCAAACUUCAAUGGACACACAAUGGACAGCCAGUUCCAUCAAGGCGUCUUAGCAAUGACAAACAAAAGCCAGCAAAAGAGUUGAAGGUAAAGGUGAAGACUGCAGAAGAUGCUGGAGAAUAUGUCUGCACUGCUACAGUCAACCCUCAGUACCGUGCAGUAGCAACAGCAACAGUCAAUGUGUCAGAAACGUGCCUCAAUACCUGUGGCAAGUUCUUUGGGAAAGGAUAUGCAAGAGUUCUUAGAGGACGAUCUGCGCAAAGACAUAUCGAAAUCAGCAUGAAGAUAUGUCCAAAUAUCGUCAAUUCAGGCAUCCUGUACUGUUUUGAGGGAACUCGACCACAAAGCUGUUCUCAGUGCUUAGUAUUGUCAGACGGAUUUCUGGAACUGAGGUGGCCAUGCUGUCUGUCUGAACCAGCUCAAGUGUUUCAACAGCAUGGAGUUGCACCUAAUCAAUGCCACACAAUACGCUUCAUCACGACUGACACUGAAGCCAUCCUUGAGCUGAAUGGAGAUCGGGAGGUUCUGUCGCUCUCUAACACAUGCUGGAAUGAGUUUCAACCAUCAAGGCCAGUCCAUCUUGGUGGCAGGCGUUCCACUGGAGGAUAUGAUGGCUGUAUGAGUGAUAUACGUGUGGACACAAAGCGAGUCUUCUUUAGUCGAGAUGAUCUGCCUCGUCGGGAAAGAGUCCUGGUUGCAAAACGAAAGCGUGGAAUGAUGCGCUGCACAAGUGACUGCUCACUAUAAGGGAGACUGGUUUGGAUAGUGGUAGAAAUAAGGACAUCAUAUAUGCAUUUAGGUAGAAUUAACAAUAACAUGGGUGGUAUGCAAGCAUCAGUUGGGACAUGCUAUAGAACAGUCCUUAUGUAUAUUCUUACAUAUACCUACCAUAGUUAUUCUUAUGCACUGCUUCACUGCACUGUUAUUAAUAGUUAUAGAUUAUUUUAUCA